UUAUACAAAGAGAUAAAUUUUUGACCAAAAAUAAAUAUUUUAUUUUUCUAUUUUAAUCUUUUGGGUUCAUUAUUUCCUCCGAUACAACAUUCUGAGGAGUGAGUAAUCUCCGGCACCGAGGAACAAAGAUGGCUUCUUUCACAACCAACAGUCUCGCUCUUCGCGCUUCAAUUCUCGCAAACCCUAGACUACCUCCUCCGAUCAUCCGUCCCCGUCUCUCUCUUCCCCGUAAACUCUCUUUCAAUCUCUCCCUCCAUAACGCUAGAACCAUCGUUUCCUCCGCCGUUACCUCCUCGUCUCCGGUACUCUCCUCUAAACCCCCUUCUCAAUUCCCCUUCUCCGACUCAACUAGAUCGAUCACCACCCUCGUGCUUCUAGCCGGCGUCGUAAUCAAAUCUCUAAUUCAGAAGCUCUCUGUCGCAAUUGUGAACCUAUCUCCACAGAUUCAAGCAUCUUUCCGAACAGCAAGUCCGUUGUUCUUCGCGUCGCUCCGUGAUCGACCCGCCGGUUAUCUGAACACUCCGUUGACGGUAGUUGCAGCCGGGCUAUCGAAAUGGCUCGAUAUAUACAGUGGUGUUCUGAUGGUCAGAGUUUUGCUCAGUUGGUUCCCAAACAUUCCAUGGGAUCGUCAGCCUUUGUCAGCCAUUAGAGAUCUGUGUGAUCCUUAUCUUAAUCUCUUCAGGAACAUUAUCCCUCCAGUCUUUGAUACGCUUGACGUUAGCCCUUUGCUUGCUUUCGCCGUUUUGGGAACUCUAGGUUCGAUUCUCAACAACAGCAGAGGAUAGUCAAUAGCCACUACUUACUCUGCUUUGAGUGAUGAUGCAAAGGUUAUGGAUCGUAUUCCGUUUAUCUUUGGCGUUUAUAUUGUCUAUAGUUAUAGCAUUUGGAAGUAUUUAUAAGGUAAUGAUGUAUUAGACUCUAAAGUUUCAGUCUUUACUUCUGUUAUGUGUUAUUUAUGUAAAUGCACGAAUAUGGUUUCAAUAAUAGAACUGGAGUUUCGAGGAUAUACAAAGCUUGGGGAUUGUAUUGACUUGUGUCAAUUAGAUUGUAGUGUUCAGACUGUUACAGCAGACGCAUUUGAUCAACAUAGGAUGGUCAUUAUGUUAGUUUUAAUGCAAUUCGUGAAAACAAAGUUGAAACUUUGAGACACUCAGUAAUCCACAUGUGAGGUCUAUGCCGAAG